CACUAACGCUGCCUGCUUUUGUUGCAACACUUUGGAUCUCAUCAUUCGAGCAGGAGCUCCUGACUACCUUGCUGCCUGCCACUCUGAAGUUACAACCGGUGAGAAUUCACGAUGACGACAAAAAUAGCAGUUAAGGACGCGGCUAAGCGACUGGGGAGAGUUUUGCUGAAGAACGAACCAAACUGGAUUACUGGAGAUUUAGGGAACUACGUGGACGAUACACUCAAAAGCCAAUUCCCUGCAGUGGCUUCGUGUGCAGCCCGCACGUGCGAUGAGGUCAAAACUUUUAAGACUAAAGAAGAGCAAGGACCUGUUCAACAAAGCGACCUUUUAAAACCACUGUUGAUGGAUAUCGCUCAAGAGGGCCUAAAUUACGCUUUCCAAAAAUGGAUCCAGAAAAAGGAGAACCCUGAGAGGCAUUCAAAGACGAAAAAUCCGAAGAAAGUGAUUGUGGUUGGAACCGGAAUGGCUGGGCUAGUGGCUGCAUUUGAGCUGGCGCAAGUUGGACACGACGCGAUAGUAUUAGAAAGCCAGACGCGAGUAGGAGGCAGAGUUCACACCCUUGGGGAAAAGGAUGGUUUUGCAAAGGGACUCCACGGUGAGGCUGGUGCCAUGAGGUUACCAUGUCUCCCUGACGCGAAGACCAAGACCCAUUUCCUGACAGAUUUUUAUGCUUCUCAGAAGCGGUUCAAUCUACCCUUGGCAGAUUUUACCAACUAUAGUGAAAAAGCUUUUCUCAAGUUUUAUAACGAAGACGCUGUUCGUAUAGAAGAAUGGAAUAAAGAUCCGUUGACCUGGACGAACAAACUUUGGCUUGGAUGGGAUGCUACCCUGAAAAAAACCGGAGUGAAGGACAUCAUGAGUAUAGAUGAAUAUUAUAAUCGCACCACUCGGGUGGUAACAAAUCAGCUGCUUUAUUUGCUUAACGAUCCCAGCGUUAAACCAAGUGAUGCCUGGAAUCAGUGGAUUGAUGUGUGGAGUCAGUUUCCACUCGAUGGGUUCCUACAAAGUACUUACGAAGCAGUCAAGACAAAUGUUGAGAAAAAAGUCCCCAGGGAAAAACACAGCAUCUUUGUGACAAGCCUCAAAGAACUCAAGAAGUACCUUCCUUGGCCUGAAGCCGCCCUCACUGCCUACUCUGUCUUCAAUUAUACACAGCAACUUGAUCAAAGCCUGGUGCGAUACCUCCGAGAACAACUGGGACAGUGGUGGUCACCAGACAUGCACUGCAUCAAAGGCGGGAUGUCUUUGUUGCCAGAAGCCUUCACCCAAAAAGACAAUGGAGGCUGGAAUCCCGACGUUUCCCUUCACGAUAAAAUUCACUUUAACCGUACAGCCAAUGAGAUCAUCUACAAAUUUUAUGAAGGUGAUACUGAAAAUAAUCAUGUGGUGGUAAAAGGCUACUUCAGCAACAGCAGACAGCCUUUUGAGAUCGAAGGAGAUGCUGUUAUAGUGGCAACUCCAAUCAACAUUCUUAGACAGAUCAAGUAUACGCCCUCAGAACACACCGAGCGUCCCCCACAGGAUUUCUACAAGGCCAUAGAAGACAUCUAUAGCGGUCCAGCAACCAAACUAUUCAUACAGACUAAGACCAGAUUCUGGGAGAAAGACGGCAUUAAAGGAGGCUUCUCAAAAACAGAUCUUCCAAUCGGGCAGCUCCAUUAUUCAAGCAACGUCACUGGAGAGCAUCCUGGAGAAAAAGGCAUUCUGUUGGUUUAUACGUGGAAGACAGAAGCCUUACUAUUUGGCUCCCUGGAUCCUACUACUGCUCUUCACGAGGCAGUAAAGCAAAUAGCCACAAUCCACCCAGAGAUCAAGGACCAGGUUGAAACGGGAGCCGUCUGUGCAUGGUACAACCAACCAACAGCUCAGGGAGCCUAUGCCCUGCUCAAACCCACCCAAUACCAAAACGUCCGGUACCUCAUGAAAUACCCCAUGGCUAACAUCUUCUUUGCUGGUGAGGGUCUCUCGUUUGCUUCGGGAUGGAUUCAGGGGGCCUUGGAGUCUGGUCUACGAGCAGCUUAUCAGUUUUACAUUCGCAACGAGGGCGGAUGGUGCCCCAAAUUGAAAUGAAUUUGCAGAACACUCCUAAUUGAUAAUAGACUUGAUAAUGAACAAUCCGUUUAAGCUAAAUGAGCAAUAGAGCAUUUUCCUAUUUAGUAAAUAAGUUUUUGCCGAGCUCGACACAAUGUUAGGGUACGGGCUUCCUCUAGUCUAGAAAAAUUGGUAGUCGAGAAAAUUAGGUAAUUUUUUUUAAGCUUGUAAGUGAUAAAACAAAAUAGAUUAAACACUUUGCUACAGCGGUUAAACCAGAGUGGUGUUUUUUCGUUGUUUUAAUAAUCGUUUUUUUUUAACUUAUUCAUUAAAUUUUGACAGUUUACUCGCUUCGCGUUUCCACGACUAAAAUACCCUCUUCUUCAGAGGCACUAUGAUACUAGCAGUUUCGGAUCACUGAUCCUGAUCCGGAUAAUCCUAAAGAAACCCAACUUUAGAAAAUCUUAACAUUUUCUGAUGUUUCACUGCCUCACAAUACCUGGAGACAUUUUGCGCCGAUAAGGUCGAUAACUCCAAUCAAAUUGAUAAUAAUACUUUACGAAUGAAUACUCACAUAGUAACCCGAUACAAUUUAUUACUUUCAAUUUCAAGUUUAUUUUUAUCGAUUAUCAAUUUUAUCGUCUUAACACGCUAGCACGUAUGACAUGAGGUAUCCCAGAGAGCCUUUGAUCUUUUAAUCUUGUUCUCACAUUACAUUUCUUCAGUAUUGUAUGCAGUUCGAUAAGAGCAAAUAUUUCUUCACGGAUAGUAUACAAAUCCGCAUCCACUAUCGAGUGAAUAUACUCUAAGCUCUGAAUGAUUAGUAUACAACUUAUUAUUAAA